AUGGCUACCUACCAGCAACUCCAACGCGAGCCGGCUUCCAAGGACCUUUUCAACAACAGGAUCGCGAGACUACAAGGUCUGCGCAAUGCGCUCAAGGACUCGGCUUUCCUCGCGAUAGAUACAGAGCAUGUCGCCAUCACAAGCGAAAAGGACCGCAUGCUCCAUCAAGAGCGACAAGUUGACCUCGAAGGCCUCGAGGCUGCCAUUCUGGAUUUCAUCCAGAGCUGCGACAAGAAGGCAAACCUCGUGAUGAUUGGGUUUGGGAUGGCAGCCGAGUGGGAAUACUUGCCCACAUAUUUCCCUCAAGCGAUGCGCUUCUUUUCAGCAUGGGCGGAUCUUCGUGACAUUACCAAAGAAAUAGCGCCAGCUGGGAAUGCCGCCGGACUUACAUCUCUACUCAAGAUCUUUGGGUACCACUGGCAAGAUCUUAAACCUGGCAGGGGAGAUCUCGGUGGUGGGUUUGCUGACAACGCCGGAGAUGAUGCCGUUGCCACUUGCGCGCUGGCUGGUGCUUUGCUCCUCCUAGAAAACCAGCAGAAACUCAGACUUCGGCAAGAAUGCGGCCAGAUUGCUGGAAUUUUCACUAAGAAGAAGGGUUUCCAGGUCCCUAACAGCAAGGAGCAUCCUUUCACUGCAACGAUCCGUACCCAAGGGCCACUUCAACGCUCUCUCAAUUCAGCCAUGGAACUGGCCCGUCGGUUCUUUAACUACUCGCCCCAGUCUAUCGGAUUAAUGUCAGAGCAUAUUGGUUACAUCACGUUCAGAGACAAAGAGCAACUGGACCAUUUCAUCACUGCUACGCAUAGAAUUGCCUUGCCGAUGGGCGGAACACUGAGGGUCAGGGACUAUUCUCGGGAGAAUGGGAGAAUCAAUCCUGAGAAUAGGGACUAG